GUUGCGGCUUGUGGCAGGAGCUGGUCAAUACACUUUUAGUAACCAUGGACAACAUACUCGUUGCCAUUUUCCUCUGUGGCCUCGCACUCAUUGGUGCUGCGGAACCUAAACAUGAAGAUUUACUUCAGGACCUACAACGCUUCGAUCAAAUCAGGUCCUUGGGACUUCAGUUUGCACAUUUUUUCCGGAAUACCACCAUUAAUGACUUGUCUUUAACCGAUUCCCGGGCACCAACUGCUGAGGAUUAUUUGUGUCUUAGGGAACUGGCAGAUUUCUCGAUGGCUCUCAGCACUGGUCAAUAUUGGGCGCUGAAAAUGAUCGAUUCAUGGGGAUUCAUUCCCUCGGGUGUUCUGACUGGAAAUAUGUACGAUUUGGGAAAUUUUGACGAGUGUGUGAAUAUCAGGGCAGCAGGCAGUCAGUCCAGCACAAUCCGUGGAAAGUACUGCUUUCUAACAGUCUCCCCUGGCGAAAUAUUUGGAAUAACUACUGGCGCUAUCGGAAAGUUGUCAAUAAAAACAGCAACGUGCUUUCCUGCUUCCUGCUCAGGAUCGCAUAUGAGCCAGUUUAUUGGCCAGAUGAUGGAAAUGGUUUUGAACUUGAAUAUCUCUUCUACCGCACUGAAGAUCAGCGAUAGCAGUUGCCAAACAAACGAGGUUGAACCCCUUGAUGGCCUCACCAUUUUUACAAUUGUUAUUUUAUCAGUAGCUGCUUCUGCCGUGCUUCUGUUUACGAUCUACGACUAUUUGCUUUGCAAAAACCAAAAUCACCUUCCAGUUCUUGUUAAGGUGUUUUCGGCGAGGGCCAACGCGAGAGUCAUAUUCCGUAUCGUGGAUUCAAAGUCAAACCCAAAUGUAAUCGAUUGUCUUCAUGGAAUUCGAUGCCUGUCGCUCUUCUGGGUUUUCUUUAGUCAUGAAUAUAUAUAUUCAGCUAUAUUACCAAAUUUGAAUCUGUUCAGUGCAUAUUCUUGGAUGGAACAACCGUUCUCCAGUUUUACCUUGCAUGGAUUUUUCUCUGUGGACUCUUUCUUCUUUCUGGGUGGAAUGUUGGUGGCCCUGAUUUCCUUGCGCUCAAUGGAUAAGACUAAGGGAAAAAUAAAUGUGCCUCUGAUGUACUUGCACCGACUGAUCCGUAUCGUUCCAAUUGUGGCCAUAGCAAUCCUCGUGUACGUGAAGAUGAUGCCUCUUGUUUCUGACGGACCUCUUUUCAAAGGGGGUUAUUCUGGACGCGAAGCGUGUGAAGCUGGUUGGUAUUGGAGCUUGUUGUUUGUACAGAACUAUACCAACGACCUUUGUCUAGGGCAUUCAUGGUAUUUGGCGGUGGAUAUGCAGUUGUUCCUAAUCUCCCCCAUUCUGCUGAUUGCACUUUAUAAAUGGGGAAAGAAGGCGGCUGCCGGCAUUUUCGUCCUUAUGAUCCUGCUCUCAGGUUGCCUAUUUGCCACGCAAAUGGUUAACGAAUAUCAUAUGUUGCUUAGAUACACAAGUACAGAAGCUUCAAAAAAGCUUUAUUUCGCCACUCAUACACACGCUGCUCCAUGGCUAAUUGGAUUUUUGUUUGGCUACUUCCUGCACUUGAAUCGGGGCAAGAAGUUCCAGCUAAGUUGGCUGGCCGUUUUCUCAGGAUGGGUUCUUUGCCUGGCCCUGAUCUUUACCUCGAUUUUCGCUCUCUACCCCGCUGGACAGUGGGACGCUGAGCCAUUGCCUCUCUUGGCGGAUGCUUCUUACUACACUCUCACCCGGAUUGCCUGGCCUUUGGCUCUAUGUUGGGUCGUGUUCGCGUGCAACCAGGGCUAUGGAGGCCUGGCCAACAGCUUCCUCUCCUCCCCCGUAUGGCAGCCGCUCUCCAGGAUUUCCUAUUCUGUCUACAUUUGGCACAUGUUUGUCCAGGAAGUCAAUAACAGAAGCACCAGGACCAAUACGUAUUUCUCUGAUUACCAAGUGAUGCUAAGGUUCUGGUCAGACCUGGGUAUAACCCUUAUAAUGGCCGUUUCCUUGUACCUCAUCAUAGAAGCGCCUUUUUCUGGGCUGGAAUAUUUCCUGAGGCCAAAAACGAAAAAUUCUGCCGCCAGUAAAGAAACUGCUCCUUCAAACGAGACUCAGCAAAGUAACGUUAAUGAGAAGGAUCUUAGGAACCUCGAUGGGCCAUCGAUUUUACCUGAAUCCUCUAAUGCAGCAUAAGGGGAAAAGGGAAUAGUAUUUUUCUUUAUUUAUUUUAUUAUAUAGAAUAGAUAAUAUUCGAUUAUUUUUGGAUAAUUUUAAGUGUAAAUCUCAGCCCAAAUAAGUAAAUACAUUGAUAAAAAAUUA